UAAAGACGAAUUUUAUUCACUUUGCAGCUGUGCUGAGUGCAUAGAGAAUUCCUGAAAAUUUCAGUUUUCAGGUGAGAUUUCCAAAGAAUCUGAGAUAAAACUGCAGGGGAUUUCGAAAGAAAAAGACGCAUGCAACCCUAAAAUCGAUGUGGAUCUAAAGCAAAAGGGGAAGCGUAAACAUAAGCAUGAAUCUUUGGACAAAACAAUGGCACUUUACGCCGAUCAAUACAAAACAACAAUGGUUGGUGGUAUGACGACUAUCGGAGGACCAACAGCAAUUCACGAUCGAGAAGAUGACGAAUUUAAUGAAAAGUACUGUCAACUGGAGGAACUUAUUGGAGAAGAUAUGAUGAAUGUACUUUCUAAGACUGAAAAUCUUGACGGCACUAGUGAUUUCAACGGGGCUGAUUCGGCUGGUAUUGCAAUCGACAGCAGCGAUGAUCCUCACAAUCUUCAUUACGGUAUUGUCCUGCUUAGGAAAGCCGGAAAAGUUCCCGUUUCAGCGGAAUCAGUUAAAGAAUGUUCGCUGGAUAAUUAA